AGUGCCGUUGCAACCUUGCAUUGUGUGUCAGAAAGCGAGUUCUUGCAAGUUCAACUUAAUGUUUUUACUUGAGAAUUCUCCAGCUGUCAACAGACAUGAAGAAGAGAUUUAACAUCAACCUGGACGAUUCUGCUUUCACUAAAGAAAGAACACCGCCAAAGCCACAGUUUCAACUCGCUUCCAAAGUUGGACAAAGCACUUCAGCUUCAGCUACCACAAAGCCUGCUCAGUCAGUGACCCAGCCGGUCUCCUACGCAGAAUACAUCGUCCAGAGUAAAAGCAAUGCGGCUGCUGCUUCACGUAGAGAUGCUGCCUCCAAGUUGCCCAGGAGCGAUAAUGCUGAAGUUACCUGUGUGAGGCAAAGUGAACCAUCUACAGUGUCCUCCAGCACAGAAAAAUGUAAAACAGUGCAGGACUUGGCUAAAGGGCCCCAUGUCAAACUGAGUGAAGAGGCACAAGAGGCUACAACGGGUCAAAUAGAGGGAAGCGGCCAAAGGUCAGAACCGGGCAUCAGCUCCGGUCCUAAACCAGUGGGAUCUGGGAGCACCAUUAUUGUCAGUCCUCGACAGAGAGGAAACCCCAUUCUGAAGUUUGUUAGGAGUGUCCCAUGGGAGUUUGGAGAUGUUGUGCCAGAUUAUGUCUUGGGACAGACAACCUGUGCUCUCUUCCUCAGUCUGAGGUAUCACAAUCUCAACCCAAACUAUAUCCAUGACCGUCUGAAACAGCUUGGACACACAUUCACACUACGAGUGCUACUGGUUCAAGUAGACGUGAAAGAUCCUCAUCAUGCGUUAAAAGAGCUGGCUCGCAUGUGCAUCAUGGCUGACUGCACUCUCAUCUUGGCUUGGAGUCCAGAAGAGGCAGGUCGCUACCUGGAAACGUAUAAGUCGUAUGAAAAGAAGCCAGCUGACAUGCUGAAGGAGCAAGUCGAAAAAGACUACCUGUCAAAGGUUACAGAUUGCCUGACAACUGUGAAGUCUAUCAACAAAACUGAUGCCAUUACUUUGCUGUCUGCGUUCUCUUCUGUAGAAGGAAUCGUCAGUGCCUCUAAGGAAGAUUUGGUUGUCUGCCCAGGACUUGGACCACAAAAAGCAAGACGACUCUUUGACGUCCUCCAUAAGCCCUUUCUCAAGGCAAAGACAAAAGACAGCUGAGACUUUUGUUUUUUUUUUACCAAGAAUGUGAUAUGCUUCUGAAAACAGUUCUACAUGUUUGAUCAUCAUGUUGAACAUCAAACUAAAACACUCAGGAGGACUGAAUACUACAAAGUCUAUCGAUUUACAGAGUUAAGGGAGAAACAUGUUUAUCCCAUACAAACUCAACUAGACCUCAAACUUCAUGCCAUGGCUUUUCUUUUGUGGAUUCUUGACAUGAACUGGUUAGUUUGAAGUGGCCCAUGUUUAAAAUGUACCUUCUUCCUCGCUGGAAUCAGUGGAUGUGUUUUAGGAAUUUAAGUUGUGAACUGUUUGAGCUUCAAACUUAUGUAUUUUUUUUUCUGUGUGUGUGCGUGUGUUAUUAA